AUUCUCACAUGCCCAAAAGAGUACCACUCGCUCUUACCCGCUCUUGAGAUUCGAGACAAUGUGCUGCGUACAGCGUAUUCUCUAGGCUUGCUUCUUCUUCUUCAGAGAGCCUCUGCUGCUGCUGCUUCUGCAAUCGGAUCCGAUCUUUGAUUAGUUGUCGCCAGCACCCUGAGCAAAAUAUGUCCGGUGCAAACAUGGACGAGGUUAAGGAGCAAGAGGUUGCUGAUAGCACUCCUAUGGAUCUAGGUGAUGGUGACGAUGCCGGGGGAGACCAAAAAGCUUCAAAUGAAAAUCAUGGAAAUCCCAUGCCUUCAGCCCAACAGGAGGAGGCAGCAAUUAAGAAAAAGUAUGGAGGCAUACUACCAAAGAAGACUCCCCUAAUAUCCAAGGACCAUGAGCGCGCUUAUUUUGAUUCUGCUGAUUGGGCAUUGGGAAAGCAAGGAGCAAAGCCAAAAGGGCCACUUGAAGCACUCCGCCCAAAGCUGCAGCCCACACCACACCAGCAGGGUCGUUCAAGGCGCUCAGCUUAUUCUCGUGGAGGCGAAGGUGAUGAUGGCGGAAAUAUGAACAUUUCCUCAGAGGAUCAACUAGAUAGUGGCAGCGGUAACAACACUGGCUAUGAGGAUCAGAUCCACCACCACGAGUAGGUGCUGCCUGCUGCAUUUUCGCAAAUUAGAAGCUGAGCAUUCUAUCAUUACUAAAGUACCAGAGUGAAUAACGUGAAAAAUGCCGGAUUUUUGUACUGGUUGAAUCAUGUAACAUGAAUCGUGUACACACUGAUGAACACAUGACAUUCAUUUACUUAAAAUUUGCAUGUUGGACAUAUACAUUAUACACUGCAGGCAGAAUUUUAACUGUU